AUGGAGCAGAAGGAAGAGAAACCCUCUGAGGAUGGGGCCACUGUCUCCCCAACCGCAGGAACUCCGGGGUCACUGGGAGGUGGAGCCUCUGCAGAGGGGGAGGCCAAAGGCACGGCGGGGAGCACCGUCACAGAGGGGCCUCCCGAUGGGGCAGGAAGGCAGGAAAGAGCUCUAGCCGGGGAUGGCGUGGCAGCUGAAUGCCAGGCGGAAGCCGAUGGGUUGGGUGAAGUUGAGGUGGAGCCCAAGGCGAAGGCCGAGCCUCCAGAGAAGGACGGUGGAGAGGAAGAGACCACAGCUGCUCCUCGGGAGCUGAGUGACGGGAAAGAAGAGGACAGAGCUGAACCCAAGCAGCCUGAGGGGAAAGAGGAGGCAGCGCAGGCCUCUGGGAAGCAGAAGGCUGGUGCGAAAGCAGCCGAGCCCGAAGCCGGGGAGAAAGGCAAGGUGGGUGACGAGGCCAAGGCUGAGCCCAAGCAGGCUGCUGGGGAGCCAGAGGCCACGGAGGCCUCUCAGGAGGAGAGCCACCGGGCAGAGAUGCCCAAGGCCGAAGCCCAGGAGAAGGCCGGUGCCCCAGAGGCCGAGUCGGACUCCGAGAGGAGGGCUGCUCCUGAAGCCGAGGCCAAGGCCGAGGCCGAGGCCGAGCCACAGGAGGGCGACCUGGAAGAGGCAGAGGUGAGUGAGGCGGAGCAGCAGUGGGAGGGGAAGCCAGGCAGUCCCAAUGAAGAGCAGGACCAGGGUGUGGAGAGAGAGUCAGAGGAAGGGGCAGGGGUGACCCCCAGCUCCCCCGAGGAGUGGCCUGAGAGCCCCACAGAGGAGGGCCACGGCCUUAGCCCAGAUGGGGUGGGCCCAGACACUGUAGCCUCUGGAGAGACCAGUCCUUCAGCCAGUGAGUCUUCGCCCAGCGAGGUGCCCCAGAGUCCCACGGAGCCCCCGCCCCCACAGGAGAAGAAGAAGGAGAAAGCGCCGGAACGCAGGGUGUCAGCCCCCGCCCGGCCCCGAGGGGCCCGUGCACAGAACCGCAAAGCCAUCGUGGACAAGUUUGGCGGGGCAGCCUCGGGCCCCACGGCCCUGUUCCGUAACACUAAGGCAGCCGGGGCGGCCAUCGGUAGCGUCAAGAACAUGCUCUUAGAGUGGUGCCGGGCCAUGACAAGAAACUACGAGCACGUGGACAUCCAGAACUUCUCCUCCAGCUGGAGCAGCGGCAUGGCCUUCUGCGCUCUCAUCCACAAGUUCUUCCCUGAUGCCUUCGACUACGCCGGGCUGGACCCCACAGAGCGCCGACACAACUUCACCCUGGCCUUCUCCACAGCAGAGAAACUGGCCGACUGUGCCCAGCUGCUGGAGGUGGAUGAUAUGGUACGGCUGGCAGUGCCCGACUCCAAGUGCGUCUACACCUACAUCCAAGAGCUGUAUCGCAGCCUCGUGCAGAAGGGACUGGUGAAGACCAAGAAGAAAUGAGCUGACCCAGCCUGUGGGCAGAGGUGGGCAGGACGCCCAGCUGGCCAGCCAUGGCCCCGAGGCUCACUUCUCUGCUCCAUGGAGACGGGAGAGUCGGGGCUCGGGCAAAGGGCAGGUGGCACCGGUCUUAGCACCAUUAAAAGUACUUUUGUAAAAUCCUGUCUGGCCCCUCAGCACGCCCUCCCUCCCCCACCCAGGAACCUCUCUCACUCUGGAAUAAACUCCGGCUGCCGGGGGCUGCUCACCUGAUACAAUCCUCUCAACAACCAUGAGAGGCAUUUGGGAAAGUUCAAUGGCCCGGGUCCUACUGCUAACCAGCUGUGUGACCUUGGGCCAGUGAGUUAACUUCUCUGAGCCUCAGUUUACCACCGGAAUGGGGAUAACAGGAGUCCAAACCUCAUGAAGGUGUUGCAAGGGUUAAAUGAGAUCAUGAAAAGAAAAAUAACCUUACCUGGCACCUGUCGCAUAAGUAUUCGAUAAGUGGUGGCCAAAAGUAAAAACAAAUCCUUCAUGGCGAGCCAUCUCUGGCACUUACCCCAAUUCUCUUCCCUCUUUCCACACUCCUCCCAGAUAAGGGAGUUCCAAGGCAGGGGCUGGAAUCGAGGACUCCCUAGAAAUCUCACCCAAAGUAGGCUGGUGGGGCCUACGCUGAUUUCUUUGGCUCAAAGAUACUCUACAUUCUGCCUCUUAAAAGCAGGUACUUUUCCAGUAGCUUAGAACCACUGCACCCAGAAAGUUCUUCCUUUGGGUUAAGUUAAUCCCUCCAUCUCUGGCUGAUGUUUUGGCUUGUUUUUUAUUUUUCCAUUGCCCAUUAGAGAUGAACCGCUGAGCUGAUGAUAAUGUCCUGCUAACAAUCCUGUCUGGCUUUAUCAGCCACUCGGAGAAUGUGUGCUGACGUGAACAGGCCAUGAAAAACACAAAAAUGAAAACCAGCCAGCUUGGCACUGCAGCAGGUGUGGACCCUGCCCUGACGGGCAGAGUGGACCUGGCAAUCCACUGAAGCAAUCCACUGUGCCUCUGUUCCCUCAACUAUAAAAUGGGGACAUUACCCUUCUGGAGGCGUUAACGGCCCCUCUGGCCAGGAGGGCCUAGUCCCUCGUGGCCCCACGAUGUCUGGAGUUACAUGAGGCUUGAGGCCAUCGGUUCAUGGCUGCUAAGUCCCCAGCCUUCUCCUCUCCUGAUGAA